AAAAUGGCAAACACACCUGAAACGCUGCAAUCAUAAUAAAAGGUUCGUGGUAGCAAUAGAAAGGAAGGAGGAAACAAACUAGCGGCUGGGAAAGUCCCACUUAAGCGACAUGUAGUGGUGUCAAAAUAGGAAUUCGCCAAGCCAAAGCUCAACAACAAAGACCAAGUUCUCUGGCUCUUUAGGAAGGGAAUCACUUCAUAAAAAUCUAAGAGUGAAAAAACCAACCAGCACCGUUAAGUGGCCAAAAGUACUGUGGAUCUCUGACAGUGAAGUGUUAAUUAUGACCAGUGGCCCGUGGUGGAUAAUUGAAGGACUUUUGUUCCUACAUGUGAGCCAGUUUGGGUUUUGUGACUACAAAGAUAACGUUUGUGUGAAUUUUAAUGGUACCGGUCGUGAAGAAUGUUAUGAUUAUGGAUGGGCUACAUUUGGUACCGUGAUUGCUUCACGGUUUAAGGGUGUGGUAUUUAUGGCUAAUCCUAGAGAUGCUUGCAGCAAAGUGUCACACAAAAACAGCUACACUAAUAUUUCUUAUGAUGGAAAGGUAUUUCUCCUAAUUGAUCAGGGAAGUUGUGACUUUUUCACCAAGAGUGUAGAGGCUUCUAGAGGUGGUUUUGAUGCUGCUAUCAUUCGAAGCCUGGAAGAUGAUGAUGUCCAUUCUAUGGAUGAAGGAACUACAGACGGAGGAGAAGUUAAUCUACCAGCUGUGUAUGUAGGGAAGACCACUGGUGAGAUAUUGGAAGAUAAUGACUACAGAAAUAUGCCGAAUAGUAGAGUAUAUCUUACCCCUCAAGAUUAUCCCAUGUGGGGUUAUGAAUUCUAUAUGAUUCCCUUUGCAAUCAUCGUAGGAAUCUGUUUUAUUUUGAUGGCAAUGUUUAUGAUCAGUCGCUACUACAGACAUUACCUAGAACAAAGGCGCAACAGGUUAUCCCCAUCAACUUUGAAAAAGAUACCAACCAAAAAGUUUAGGAAAGCUUAUCACUGUAAGUGUGUGGAUCCCUGGCUCACAGAAGGGAAGCGAACUUGUCCUGUCUGCAAAAGACCAGUAGCAAAUGACACGGGGUUAACAAGAAGCAGAUCAGGGAGAAAUGACAUGGAAUCAAUGGGGGAGACAUCUUAUGAGGCUGAGCCUGAGGCUGAGGCUAAUGAAAGAACUCCACUUAUCUCAACAACAUCUCAAUCCAGAGCGUCUAUUACAAUGACAGUCUAGUCACAAAUAGUUUAUAGAGGUGCUUGUGAUUUAGGAGUUUCAAGCAAGAAAACUGCAUGGCAGGGCUAAUCAAUGUAAUUUUACUUUUCUUCUCUAAGCAAUUGUAGUUGGUAGGUACAUGUAAUUGCGUGUAGUUGUUAGAUUCAGAAGUCUACCCAUGAGCAUACAAUGUAAUAUAAAUUUUUAUUAUUAAUUUUUAAGUUAGGACUUGCUCUCAGUAUGUCUGUAUGUAAAUAAGACCUUGGAAGGUAAUUUUUAAUUUCCAAACAACUGAAACUAGUUUACUCUUUGAGAGCUGUAGCCUUAUGUUAUUGUUUGUUGUUGUUAAUGUAACUAAGGUGUUGAAAAGAAAAAGGGAGAUUGUCGGUACUGUAUUGCUGUACAGUACACCUGUUUAAGUGUAAUCCUAGAUGCAAAAGUGCUUCAGUUGAUAGUUUUGUUUCACUACCCUCUAAAAGAUUGGAAUAACUGCAUGGGAAGGGGAAACCAUAAAUGAAUCAGUAGCAGCCUGUAAAAGUAACUGAGUUGUGAAGAGCUGCACUGAUGCCAGGAAUGAAAUAAGUUAUAACUGGCUUUGGUAUGCUUUUCUCCUGUUAGAGAAUGACUGAGAAAUCAAACAUUUUCAAUAUGCAAUUACAUUUUAUUCUAUGCAGAAAAAGAGGAUAAAGCAAGCUCAGUUAA